AUGUCAAGUUUCUGGAACCCCAACUACAACGCUACCAGCAGUCACAGGAAGAGAAGGCCGAGGAACAAAGGCAAACAGCGAGAGGAAAACACAGCAAUACCAUUCUUUGGCUCGUCGUCACCAGCAUCACGACGGCAGCGACCGUCAUCAUCGUCAUCGUCAUCGUCAUCCUCUAGAUAUGAGGAAGAAGACCUAGUCCUGGUCAGACGCAAGGACAGUCCACCGUGGUGGUGGCUGUUGUUGGUGGAAGGGACCUCAGGGAUUACGGUCAUGAAAGCUGCCAAGGACGAGCACGGCUCUCGUCGUCGUCCCGGCCGUAGAGUUCUCGAGCCACUUGUUGAGGGGAAAGUGGCCAGUUUUUUCCCGGCAAGGUUGGAUGUGGAGGAGUAG